GUUGCAAUUUCUUUCAUCCCGACCAUUUAUUUACUCGUGGACAUUUUUUACCGGGCUAGAAAAAACGUCCUGACUUACCUAAUGCCACGAGUACCUACGGCUAGCAUAGUGGGCCGCUACGAUGUAUCUACGAAUUCCUACGGACUCGUUACGAACAUUCUGCGGGUUUGAAUCAAGGGGAAAACUCGGGAGAAUUUGUGAAUAACUCGUGAAAGUGGGACAGGCCCUUAACCAGGAGGAUGGAGGAAACGAUUCAGAGCCUCAUUGAAAAACAAAUAUAACAACCCCCCAACCAUUUGUGGGAUCCCCUGGCUCAUGACAGUUCAUAACAAGAGGAGGGGGUAUUGGGGAAGGCACUGAGCACCUGCAGGCCUGUCAUCAGGACUAUACACACAAACCCAGCGUCCACCUCCCAACUGACCCACCCCACCAGUUCUGUCAAGCAUCUCCUGCCCCUGUGGCUGGCCAAGUCAACAGCUUCAGAUCUGGAGUGAAGUACGCCUUCCUCCACCUGAUGGAUUGCCUGUGAAGAAGUGACUCAAUCAGUAAAGUGGAUAUCUGAGAUGCUUCAUUUUGCAGAGAGCUAUCAAUUUCCCAACAUUAUUAUUAGUUUAGCUUCAGAACAUUUACAGAUAUUUUAUGGUUCCUUGACUAGAAAAUUGUUUUAAAUGUCUACUUUCUCUAUUGAUAUAAAUAAAUAAGUAAUAUCAUUCUUUUAAUCAAUUUCAAAUUUAACAAUCACAUCAAAGAUUGGUUUCUAAAAAAUCCCAGUCACCUUCUCAUUUCAAAAAUAAAGGACAGAGUAUUAACAUAGUGAACAAAAAGUGUUCAUUGUGCCACCCUCAGCCCCUAUUGCCCCCAUCCACAAAAUGUCCUACUGUCUUCCUUAAUAUUUCCCAAUCCUUUCCCCUUUCUAUCAACUGCCAUACCUCGCCUAGCCUAUCCCUGGCAUAAUAUUACCUGCAAGAGAUAUGAAAAGGAUAUCACCAGCUAUUAUUCUGUCAGCUUCUUUCCCUAUCAAAUAUUACACAUGAUAUGACAUCAUGGAGCUGUAUUACUUGUGGAUUCCUUCCUCUAUUACAUCAGUCUGGAUUGUACUGAACCACAGCCAGGCUUUCAUAGAGAACUGCUGGCCAACAGCUUGACAUGGGUCAAUAUGUUCCUGCUACACCAAUUCAGUGCAAUGCUUGAAAUCAGGAAUGAUGUGAUCAGGAGGACAAAUGCACAUUUUUCUCACCUUCCAUUCCACUGCUUGAUCCAACAUUGAGUCCAGAGGUUAAGAUCAGUCAUUCAACCAGUGCAUGAAUGGAGAGGAUUUCAAAGCUGCAGAGGCCGGUAGUGAUCUACAGAAAGGGAAAAAUCGAAGGAUGGCUUUCCCACAGCCAAAACCUGCCGAUGGAAAAAUUAUAAUAUACCCUCCUGGUGUUAAGGAAAUUACUGACAAGAUAUCCAACGAUGAAUUGGUCAAAAGGCUAAAGAUGGUGGUUAAAACAUUCAUGGAUAUGGAUCAAGACUCUGAAGAUGAAAAACAACAGUAUCUUCCUUUGGCCUUACAUUUGGCUUCAGAAUUCUUUCUCAGGAACCCCAACAAAGAUGUCCGUCUGCUUGUGGCAUGCUGUUCGGCUGAUAUCUUCAGAAUAUAUGCUCCAGAAGCUCCUUACACAUCUCAUGACAAACUUAAGGAUAUUUUCAUGUUCAUUACCCGGCAACUUAAGGGAUUGGAGGAUACCAAAAGUCCACAAUUUAAUAGAUACUUUUAUUUAUUGGAGAACCUGGCAUGGGUAAAGUCCUAUAAUAUCUGUUUUGAACUUGAGGAUUGUAAUGAAAUUCUUAUACAGCUCUUCAGGACCCUCUUCUCGGUGAUAAACAACAGCCACAAUCAGAAGGUUCAGAUGCAUAUGUUGGAUUUGAUGAGUUCUAUCAUCAUGGAAGGAGAUGGAGUAACUCAGGACCUACUGGACUCCAUUCUUAUCAACCUUAUUCCUGCACACAAGAACGUGAACAGGCAAGCUUAUGAUUUAGCUAAAACACUCCUGAAGAGAACUGCACAAACAAUUGAACCAUGUAUUGCCAGUUUUUUUAACCAGGUCCUAGUUCUGGGAAAGUCUUCCGUCAGUGAUUUGUCUGAACAUGUGUUUGAUCUCAUUAUGGAGCUUUUUGCUAUUGAUCCUCAUCUACUGCUGUCAGUUAUGCCACAGCUUGAGUUUAAGCUGAAGAGCAAUGAUGGUGAAGAGCGAUUGGCUGUUGUUCGACUAUUGGCAAAACUAUUUGGUGCCAGGGAUUCGGAGCUUGCAACACAAAAUCGGCCCCUGUGGCAGUGUUUCUUGGGACGAUUUAAUGACAUUCAUGUUCCUGUGCGACUGGAAUGUGUGAAGUUUGCAAGUCAUUGUCUGAUGAAUCAUCCAGAUUUAGCCAAAGAUCUUACAGACUACUUGAAGGUUCGAUCACAUGAUCCAGAAGAGGCAAUCCGGCAUGAUGUCAUUGUAACAAUAAUUACAGCAGGAAAGAAAGAUUUAUCACUGGUGAAUGACCAGCUGCUUGGAUUUGUGAGAGAGAGAACACUUGACAAAAGGUGGCGGGUGCGGAAAGAAGCAAUGAUGGGCUUGGCCCAGUUAUACAAAAAGUACUGUCUACAUGCAGAAGCUGGGAAAGAGGCUGCUCAGAAAGUGAAUUGGAUCAAAGAUAAACUCCUGCAUAUCUAUUACCAGAACAGCAUUGAUGACAAGUUAUUGGUGGAAAAAAUCUUCGCUCAAUAUCUUGUUCCUCAUAAUUUGGAAACUGAAGAAAGAAUGAAGUGUCUCUAUUACCUUUAUGCUUCCUUGGACCCAAAUGCAGUAAAAGCAUUGAACGAAAUGUGGAAGUGCCAAAAUAUGCUGAGGAGUCAUGUCCGGGAGUUAUUAGACCUGCAUAAACAACCUGCUUCAGAAGCUAACAAUAAUGCAAUGUUUGCCAAACUGAUGGCCAUAGCAAAAAAUUUGCCUGACCCAGGAAAAGCACAGGAUUUCAUGAAGAAAUUUAACCAAGUCCUGGGUGAUGAUGAGAGGCUGCGCACUCAAUUGGAGCUGCUGAUUAGUCCUGCCUGCUCUUGCAAGCAAGCAGAAGUCUGUGUGAGAGAAAUUACACGUAAACUUGCAAAUCCCAAGCAGCCGACUAAUCCCUUCCUGGAAAUGGUGAAAUUCUUACUAGAAAGGAUUGCACCUGUGCACAUUGACUCAGAAGCCAUCAGCUCUUUAGUGAAACUAAUGAACAAAUCCAUAGAAGGGACUGCAGAUGAUGAAGAAGAGGGUGUGUCACCUGAUUCUGCAAUUAGGGCAGGCUUGGAGUUGCUUAAGGUUUUAUCAUUCACACAUCCUACCUCCUUCCACUCUUCAGAGACAUAUGAAUCGCUCUUGCAGUGUCUAAAAAUGGAGGAUGAUAAAGUUGCUGAAGCUGCUAUUCAAAUCUUUAGAAACACGGGGCACAAAAUAGAGACAGACCUUCUACAAAUUCGUUCUUCGCUCAUUCCUAUUCUGCAUCAGAAAUCAAAAAGGGGCACCCCUCGCCAAGCUAAGCAAGCAGUUCAUUGCAUUCAUGCCAUCUUCACAAACAAAGAAGUACAAUUGGCACAGAUCUUUGAGCCACUAAGCAAAAGCCUAAAUGCUGACACCCCAGAACAACUCGUAACUCCGCUCGUCUCAUUGGGACAUAUUGCUAUGUUGGCACCCGAUCAGUUUGCCUCUCCAAUGAAGUCAGUAGUCGCAAAUUUUAUCGUCAAAGAUUUACUUAUGAAUGACAGGUUCCCUGGAGGGAAAAAUGGUAAAUUGUGGAGUCCAAAUGAUGAAGUCUCUCCAGAAGUACUAGCAAAGGUUCAGGCCAUAAAACUUUUGGUACGGUGGUUAUUAGGAAUGAAGAAUAAUCAAUCUAAAUCUGCCAAUUCUACACUUCGACUGUUAUCAGCCAUGCUGGUUAGUGAAGGUGACCUAACGGAACAGAAAAAGAUAAGUAAAUCUGAUAUGUCUCGAUUACGGUUGGCUGCAGGAUGUGCUAUACUAAAACUUGCACAAGAACCUUGCUAUCAUGAAAUUAUCACCCCAGAGCAGUUCCAGCUUUGUGCACUUGUUAUUAAUGAUGAGUGUUACCAGGUGAGGCAAAUCUUUGCUCUGAAACUUCACAAAGCCCUUGGAAAACUGAUGCUCCCACUAGAAUAUAUGGCAGUGUUUGCACUGUGUGCCAAGGACCCCGUGAAAGAACGAAGAGCACAUGCUAGACAGUGUCUCCUAAAAAAUAUAAGUAUACGGAGAGAAUAUAUUAAACAGAACCCAAUGGCUCAUGAGAAGCUUUUGUCGUUAUUACCGGAAUAUGUCGUUCCAUACACAGUUCAUUUGCUUGCCCAUGAUCCAGAUUUUACUAAAACACAGGAUAUUGAACAGCUGCGUGAUAUUAAAGAGUGCCUGUGGUUCAUGUUGGAAGUUUUAAUGGCAAAAAAUGAAAAUAAUAGCCAUGCUUUUAUCAGAAAAAUGGUGGAGAACAUCAAACAAACCAAGGAUGCCCAGGCUCCUGAUGAUGGCAAAAUGAAUGAGAAACUCUACAUUGUGUGUGAUGUGGCUCUUACUGUCAUCACAAGCAAAAGUACAACAUAUAAUCUGGAUUCUCCGAAGGAUCCUGUACUGCCAGUGAAGUUCUUCACCCCACCUGACAAAGAUUCCUGCAAUAAUAAGUGCUACUUGUCAGAUGAAACAAAGACGCUAUUACUCACAGGGAAGCCCAAACCAGCAUCAGUAUUGGGUGCGGUAAACAAACCUUUGUCAGCUGCUGGUAGAAGGCCACAAACCAGAACACCGGGGUUGGAAACAGGAAGCAAUAUAAGUGGAAACUCCGCACCUAACUCGCCAGCUACAAACAGGGGAAGGGAACAAAAUUCAGAAGUUCCAGAAACUGAAGUUAGCGAAAAUGAAGAACAUCCAGUAAUAUUGCUUACAGUGGUCCCAACUAAAACAGACAAGAAAGAUGAACCAGUUAAAAAUAAGGAGAUGUCCUCUGAACAGUCUUUACCACCACAGACCAGUACAGAACGUGGAAAGAAAAGGACAGCACCUGCAGCUGGCUCAGAGAAUAUUCAACAGAUACCAGAAGAGAAGAAAUCUGAAGAAACUGCAGCACCAGUUCCCCCCAAAGCAAGACGAGGUCGUCCUCCCAAAGCUGUGUCAGAAAGUAAUUCUGCAAAGAAUGCAGAUACAAACAAACCAUCAGGUAGAGGCAGGAAAAGAGUUGCAGCCAACCAGGAAAGCCCUGCGGAACCAGAAACAACAACUAUUAAAGUACCAAAACAGCAAGAAACAAAUGUUAAGAGAGCACCAGCACCAAGACAGAUGGAUCUACAAAGAAUCCAGGUUUUGGACAGUGAUGGAUACUCAGUGAUGGAACUAGAGUCAACUCCAGAGAGUUCAGCUGAGGAACUGGAUUUGUUCAAAUCCUGUGAGAGCAGUCAGAAUGAGAUUGAUAACCCAGAGCUAGCAGAGGGAAGCUUCCUAAAGGUAAGAAGAAAGCCCAUGCCAAAGGGAAGGAGACAAAGGCUGUAGAAAAGAAGUAUUCCUUGCCACUGAGGGAAAUGUACCACAUAAAAGGAUUGAGAUACUAUACUAAAUCUUAAAUUAGUUUACACAACUCCUCACCCUCAAAAUAUCAGGACAACACUGCAUCAGAGUUUGGGUUAUAUAUUAAGAAGAUAUUAUUGAACUCAUUCAUUUAAAUUUUAACGGAAAAUUUAACUUUUGCAAUGUUGUAGGGUCGGCAUUGUAAUUCCCUGAGGUUAUUUUUAUGCAGUAUCUUUAGAUGUUAAGAUUACUUAACAAUUCUUGACACUCUUAAAAAUAAUCACUAGAUUAAGAUUUUGUUACAAAUGUCUCAUGUAACCAUUUUAAUUAUGCUUUAGUAAUUUGCUGCAACAGUUUUACCUUCCAAAGUAAGUUAUUAUACUGACUUGUGAAGUCGGCAAUGGUGCAUUAUAAAGUCACAUGUUACUAUUAAUUUUUGCAGGCAGAAGCAUUUGUAUUAUUUAAAAUAGUCCCAAUUUGAAUAUAAUUUGAUUUUGGUGAGUGAAAGAAUAAAGCUGUGGAUAAAAGAGCAGUUGAAUAUGUGCUUAUAAUAUUUGAAGCUACUGCCAUAAACGUUGUAGUAAAGAUUUAAACGGUGUAAUACUGAAGUCUGCCGUUAAGUUGGGGAUAUUUUUGACACUGUUCUCUAAAAUUUGCACUGAGUCCACAUUGUUUUAUCCUUUAUAAAAUGAAUCUCAGCAGGAUUUCUGUAUCAGUAUACUGUCCAGAAUCUGUGUUUGCAAAAAUGUUUUUCUGUAAUUUAUAUUGACAGUUAAUGAAACUUGCACAGAAUUUUUUUGUGAAUACAGAAUUAAAUCUGGUGAUAGCAGUUGUUUUGCAAAUGCUGCCUUUUAAAUAAUUAUUCCCUCAAUGUAUCCUCGUGUUUAUCUGCUUGCCUUCCUCUACCAGGGAAAGUGGGGUUAAUCUGAUCCAAGCAUUUCUCCACAGUUGCCAAUGUGCUGCUUUAGUUGGCCAACAUGCCAGCACGCUUUCUAGGAUGGAAUUGGGCUGCUGCACCUUUCUGUGUACCCCUCCCUUCCAUGGCCGAGCAUUCUAUACAGCAACGCUCUCCUAUCUGGCAGCUUGACUGAUCAUUGGUCAAGCUUAACCUUUACAGCAAGCCAAAUUCAAAUGUUGUUCAAGCAAGUGUUUUAAUUUGUGGUUUCAAGGGUCCCGGUGAGGAGUUCAAUACUCUAUUUAAAGGGUUUUCUUGAAUUUCACCUAAUGUUGAAUAGUGGAAAGAGUCAAAAUUAGAACAGGAUCUUAAAGCAUUUCCUCUAUCCUAACAUUACUUUUUAAAACCUGCUUUUAGUACUUUUAAUUUAUGAAAUUUUAUCAAGAGGCCUUUUAUGUUCUACUUUCUUAUAAAACUAUAUUGCUCUGAAAGGUAACGGAAACGUUUUGAGUUUCAGAUUUUGUAUCAGAUCUUGAAGUGAAUGAGGUACUUUUGAAAGACCAGUUUUAUGACGAGUUGUUCAAGUUACCAGGCUCUGUAACCAAUGAUGUAAAAAAUGAAGUGUUCUAGAGAAAAAAAUUGGAUUUUGGCAGCUUGUGAAGACAGUUCAACAGUUCAAAUUGUUAAUGCAUUUAAGUGAGUGUUUUAUUGAUAUGUUGAAUUUUUUAAGCUAUUUUUCACUAGUUUGUCUCCCAGUUCACAUUCAUCUUUGUUUAUUUUGGUGAAAUUAUUUGCAGUUGCAUCAAUGUUAUGAUUCCAGACAUUGUUCAUUGUAGUUAAUGUGUACAUUUUGAUGUACACAUGAUCAUAUUUAAGUUUUUGUUGCAUAAAGAAAUAAAUGCUUCUUAGGUGUCUCCUGGUUUCUGUUUCUCUCUCUCAAAACCUGUACUCCUGAAUAACCAAAACGGGACAGAUUAACAGCGAGAGAUGGAUAUUUAAAGUAAUUCAGGCUAUCUUCAAAAAAUAUAAUGGCCUGGAGUCAGGAGCGGGGAAGGAGAAACUGUCCAGGGAGGAUGAGCCUAUUUCGAUUACUGGGAAAUUUAAUCCAUCUCUACCAUACAGCAUGAACCUGAACCUCUUGCAUUUUCCUUCACCCAGCACACUUCAUCAAAAAUGCAUAUUAGACAGGAAAUUAUAGACCUGCAUUUUUCGUGAGCUUUUGGACUGCCUAUGACAUUUUCUUUCAACAAUCGUCCUUUCCGAAAGACCAGAGCUGUCCGGAACUCCAUGCCUUUAAGAGAUUAAGCAGACCCAAGCCAUAAAUGUUACUGUGUGCGACUGGUUUACUGAUUCAUGUUGAGUUAUAUUAAUGCUACAUAAAUCAAAGAAUUGAGAAUUACGUUAAUCCAAAAUUAUCCAAAAUUAUACUGUGGGGCUGGCUUUUAUUUCAUUUAAUGACGAGUCCAACAUCAGUUUUAAAUUUAAUCUCCAUUAUCCUGUAUCUCUAAAUAACGCUGUAUAUGAUUCCUUAGCUUUUAUGUAAAUUUUCUUCUCCCGUGUUCAGUUUAAGUGCAUGGAAAUAAAACAUCAUUUUAUCAGACACUGCAAGUAAUAUGGAAACGUUUACUGCCCAACUUUGGAAUUUGCAGUUAAACACAAGUAAUCACCGUGUCAAGGCAGGUACCAUUUUUUAUUUUGCUCUUUUUCAAAACAUAUAGUAACUGAUUUACCCCCUGUUCUGAAUAGUGCCUUACCAGACCUGUCAAGUAUGUACAAUUUCAAUGAUGUUCCUGGCAUCUGAUUCUAUGAUUUAAGCAGAAGCUUUAAACUCUCAAAAAUAAUUUAAUGCAAUUAUCUUGUUUGCUGAAUGACUAGUCUGAUAAGUACACCCCAUCUCAUUGGCUGUUGGUCAAAGUUCGAGCAAGGGGUGUUUGUAUUGCAGGAAAACAAUACUUUGUGAAUUUUGGCAAUUUGUGACUGCGGUGAUAUUUGUCUUUAGACUUGCACACUAUCUGGCAAGAACUUUUCAAAUUCGAUAUUCUUUACCCAGAAAAUAAAUAGAAGUAAAAUGGAAAAGCCCUUGUUUUGUUUGAAACUAAAUUUGAAAUCUGGUUUAAAAAAAAUUAAGAAUAGAACAAAGUUUCAAAUUGCCUAAGUAUUUGGUCUCCAUGAAAAUGUGUGUGUUUGAAGAUGGGGAGGAGGGUGGUUGGUGUGUACAUGGUGUUCCUGGGUUACAAAUGCCUGUUACAAACGAGCUCCCAUAAUAUUAAAUUCAAAAGUCAAUCUGCAAACAACAGAUCUGGUUUCUUCUUUCUCCACUUUGAGGAAUUGUUCUAAUCUAUGUUUUUUUGUUGCCACUCAUUAUAAUACUGCGGCAAUCUGGCUAAGAUCUUGAGUGAUGUUUGUGCAUUUUUCGACUUGCGUACAAAAUCCAAUUAUGGACAUCUGUAAAAAUGGAACUCAUUUAUUACCCAGGGAUAGCCUUAGCCAUUGCGUCCAACGCUGUUGUUCCACUUGGAAAAGAGAGGGAAUUUGCUGCUUGAGAAAUAAAUUAAAGAUGCAGGUAUACUUUGCCUCCAGUUGGGUGUAUUGGACUAAUCCAAUUGACAUUACAGAUCAUCUUUGCUGCUUCCAGAAACAUCUCCACAGAAUGAAUAAUGUUUGGGGAAAUGUGAUUUAGGAGAGUCAGUGUUUUGGUAAUAAAAAACGGUGUUGGAAACACUCAACAGGCUAGGUGGCAUCUAUGGAAAGAGAAACAGUUAAUGUUUCUAGUGAUCGGGUGGUAUUACAGAUUUCCGGUAUCUGCAGAAUUUGAUUUUCAUCUUAGCAAUGAACAUUUUUGGUAAUUAACUUUUGGUCUUAACACAGUGGGUGAAACAGGCAGCAAAUGUCCAAAGAUAAUCGCUUGGAUACUUUUCUGGAGAAAUGUGCUCUUGAGCUCCGCCAAUUAUAGCCGCAGAUCCCAGUAAAAAUGACAGUAGGUUGUAUCCACUGGUUUGCCAGCAAAUACCCAAGAAAGAUGUAACUGAGUGAUUAAUGGAAGGUGGAAGCAGAACAGUGGUGAUACACAGAGCUUUUUUCCCCUCAAAGUACAAGAAUUUUAAAUGACUAUUAAAGGCUUCCAUUUGGCAAAGAAGAUUCAGGGUUUGCGUCUGUUGCAGUUUCAAAGUAUGAAUGGAAUUUUAAAUUUCUUUGGCAAUCACUUGAAAUAAAGGAUUUGGAGGGAACAAACAAAUGUGAGUUUUGUCACAUUCUGAUUUAGGGACUAAUGCUGGUAAUGAUCAAAUACGUUUUAUUUGGAAGUAAUGCAUAUGAUGUGAAUACAAAGACAUUUCUGUAUACUUAUUUCAUUUUACCAAUUCUCAAGGUGUCAGCAGGCUCUUCCAAUAAAUAAAUAAAUAACUGGACUGAAACUAGAACUAGUCUUUUCCUGAGUGAUACUAAGUUUUAUCGUAAGGGAUGAUGUAGGCGGCAAGAAGAGGAAAUUGUCAUGUUUAUCCCCAUUAUUGACCCCCUGCCAAUAAGCAUACAAUGGAGAAGUGUAAUCAGUGUAUUAUCAAAUCAAGGAUGUAUACUGGAAGCAAUGUGAGAGAAUCUUUAGAGAUGGGGUGGGGAAGAGUUAUAACACUUCCAAUUACGUUGGGAUUUUGAAAUGGGACAUGUUUGUUUAUUCUGCACCAUAUUUUUGCCCUGAUGCAUUAUUUUGUAAACAUUAAAUUGUACAGCCAAGCAGUUCCAAAAUACAUAUUUCAUCCAAAUAUAUAACACUCUUAACUAGUAUGUUCUUCCAAUCGUCCAGAAUUUACGUGGUCACAGGGAUGUACACAUAAAGAUGGAGCAACAAUUUUAAUAUGUAGAAUAGUGCUGAACAAAUAUUAUUGAAUUGCUGAUUUUUGGUAGUGAUCAAAAAAGAACCUGUUAUUCAGAGCACACUACAUUCAAGAUGACCGAUUUAAUACAAAACAUCAGGUUUAUCUGCCCCAAAAUAUAUUACCUUUGCAUGGUAUUGUCUAGAUUUGGGUAUUUAAUUGAAAACCAUCUCUAACUAUUAUGUGAAAGUUCUAACUAUAACUUGGGGGACAAACAGGGAAUAAAAAUACCCAUCAGCUUAAAAUUUCCCAGAUCCAUUUUUUUUGUAGUAGCAUGUUUUAUAGUUUCUUCAAGACCUUACACAACACUGCUGGGUUGGAGCUAUUUACAAACUGAUCAAAAUACUUCUACUGCAGUACAAUAUGGCAAAGCCAGUAAUGCAAGAAUGAUCAAACAAUUCUCACAUUUCUCAGCCAUCUCUAAUGAUUGGACAACAAUGCUUUGUCCCCAUAACAACUCUUGCCAAUUUACAGAAGGAAAGACGAUUACUUUAAACUACGGACAAUUUUUUUUAAGCUCAAAUGGGGAAAUUCAACCUUUCAGGGAAUAUUUGUAGAAAGAGAAACAGAACUAAUGUCUCAUACUAAAGGGUUUUCAACCUGAAACAUAAUUUCUCUUUCCACAGAUGCUGUCUGACCUGCUAAGUGUUUCCAUCAUUUUGCUGAUUUUAUUUCAGAUUUCGAGCACCUGCAUUUUUUUUAAUUUUCAGUUUUAAUUUCAGGGACUACAAUAUUAUUUGUGGCACUUGUUAAUUAAACCAUUUCUGAUAAAACUCUAGGAUUUUAUUUGAUGUUUGAAAAUAGGUUAUAAAUUAAACAGUAGCUUAUUUGGACUAAUGCACUGACAUAAGCUUCAGAAAAUGUGGAUAACAAUAUAUUGGUACACAUGUUCAUUGUAUUAAGUAUGUGGCUGAAAAACAGUCACAGAUGAAGAAAGCAAAAAGAAAAUAGGAUUCAAAUGCGCAUUAUCUUUUAUUACUCAUGAUUAACUGGAGCAGAGGCAUCAAGUAAAAUUAAAUUCCAAAUGUAUUACGUAUCAUAUUACCUAAAAUGACAAUUUAAUUUUGUUGGGCAUAUAGGAAUAGAUUAGCAGUUAUCGUCCAUACUAAUUGCUCUAAGGAAACACUCAGCUUUCCAUUUAUUGAACUGCUGCAGAUUUUGUGAAGGAAUUUUUCCAUUUUAUGUUUUGGUCGAGGCCGUUGACCUAGUGGCAAUAAAGGGGCAUGAAUUUCAUUUCCAAGUCAUGAUGGACAUGCAGUUGAUUGAUGGGCAUUCAUUUGCUCCUGUUCUGCAAAGGAUGGUUGGUUACAGGAUACUGCUAGGAUGGCUGGGCUGAUAAGAUUGGUCACCAAUAAAUACCAGCCUUCUAAUUUCUGGGGAAUUCUAAUAGAAGAGUCUCUGUUGGUCAAAAUAUGUUUAUGGAGUGUGAUUAGGUCAAGCUGUUCCUUAAAUAAUGUGCAGAAUAACUCCACAUUUACCUGCACUUGAGGAAGGUGUAGAAUGGACUGGUGGUAUCCUAAACCAAUGCAUGGUCUAUGUGGCUUUAUUUGUGUCACUGUGGUUUGGUUUAACUAUUAGACUGUCCAGGACUCUUUGUUUGGGCCAGACCCAGGUAGACUGACAGAAUACCUAGUCAAUCAGAUGGAAUUUUAUGAUCACUGAUCAUAACAGAUUUCAGAUAUUUAAUUAACUAAGUUUCGAGGCUGCAAUAUAGGAUUUGCAAUCUCCAUAUCUUCAGUUCAGGCUAUGUUGUUGUUCAAAUGGACUACAAACUACUGUGCUGCUGUUCAUUUCUGGUUAAUUGCAAUUGCUAAAGAAAAUGAGUGAAUGGGGAAAAGCAAAUUUGGGACUGUUUUAGUUUUACACACGUGGGAAUUUUUGGGCAUGCAUAAUAUAUACAAUGUUAAAGUUUACUAGUGUAAUCUUUCUCUAUUGCACAUUUUAGUGAAACGGGUAGCAUUGAUGAUGAAAGUUGCAAUGCAGGAUAGUAAUUUACCUGAUAAUUGCUAUUUUUUAAAGAGUAGACUAUUUCAGCCUUUGACAAAACUAUGUAUGUACCUUAAUUCUAAUUAUUAACUUGUUGGCAGUUUAUUUUGUUCAAUAAUCAAAAAUGAUAUUACUCUAUUCCACUCUUUCAAGUUUAAUUUUACGAUGUUCUGUUAAAACUGAUCUAUUAGCUCAGAGCUACUUCUGUCUCCCAAGUUAUGUCUGUGCCCUUUUUGAAUAAAUAUCUUUCUAAUGUA